UUCAAAGAUGGAAGCUAAUUUCAAUUUUAAUAACCGGUGUUGUAUUGCCCUUUGUCUAGCCAAACAAUCAGACAUUUCAUUUUCUCAAGUUAAAAGUCAAUUACUCGGACAGCUUUCUAAUGGAAUUGAAAAUAUACCUUUUAAUCAUAAUGUUCGUUCAGCAUUGUUAUCAACAGGAAUUUAUCUACUUUAUUCAUCUGGGAAGCAUGUUGAAGCUCUAUCAAAAUUCUUGUCUGACUCACUUCUUUUACUACCUCAAUUGCGGUGAAAUUACCAUUCACGAGCAAUUUACAUUUUGUUUCAAUACAAUUCUUGCUGAUCUCGCGGCACACUUCCCACAUGUUAGGGAUUUUAUAAUUAAUUCACAAAUUGAACUUUUGGAACAACUUACUUCCAAAAUUACCAAUUUUAAUGAAAAAGAAGACAAUCAUGAAUAUGUGGGAGAUGAAAGUAAAAUUGAAGAAAAAGGCGAUUUGAUGAAAAUUGCCUGUAUAACAAUUGGCCUAUUGCGAUCGAUGGGCCGAUUUAGUGAUCAACUUUCUUCACCACUUUUUUCAUUUAUCUAUCCAAAACCUUUCGAUAUACUUUCUAAAAGAAACGACGACGAACAGCAAUGUACAUCAAGCUUAAAAGAAUCUAAUCUUCAACGCAAAUUAUUUACUCGACAUGGAAGCAGUUUUGUUAAUACAAGAAGGAAAGGAACAGCAAAAUUUUCGUAUUGUUUUGAUGAAAUUUGUCGGUUGAAUGUUAAUAUCAAAAAACUUUUAAAUUUUGAUUUCUUGAAGAAACUGGAUUUGUAUUCCGAACAAGUUUUUCAGAGCGCUGAAUUACGCAAAUUUCCUUACAAAACAAUUUCUGAAACUUUUAUUCUUGUUUCACUUACAUUUUUGAGAGAUAUUUUAACUAAUUUUACAAUUGGAGAAAAGGAUGGUGAUAUUUCAGAAAAAUUUGCUAAUGAGCUUAACGAUUUUACCCUUUCAAUUUUUAAAUAUUGCCAAGAAGCAAUAACUGUUCAAAGUCAAUUAGAUGAUCGAUCGCAAUCAAAUACAAUUGAUAAGAGGGCAAAAAAUAAUGCUUACAGAAGUACAAUUCUUGAUAAAGAAAUUGUUGUUAAUCGUGUAAAAAUGUUGGUUAUUGGCAACUCAAUUUGUUUGGAAUUAAUUGUAUGGAGUUCUACUGACGAAAAUGAUGGUGAUAUGAUUUGUGGAACAAUUUCUGACAAAAUGUGGAUGCCACACAAACAUGUAUUGGCUCAUAUGCCUGUUAAUGUUAUGGCUCUUGAAGCAUUGGGAAGUAUGUCUGAAAAGUUUCCAGCUUUGGCAAAUACAUUAAUUAUCAGUUUGUUAUGUAAAUUUUUAUUGGAACCUUGUCCAAUUCUUCUCAAAAUUUCAUCUGAACCAAAAUCAAAGAAUGACCAACAACAAGAAUCUCGAGGGCGAGUUGAAAUAAUUGCUGCAAGAAAAAGAAUUGGUCUUUCUAGCCUUCGCUCUUCUGCAAUUAAUUCACUCUCACGUGCUUUAAAAUCUGCCAUGACAAUCGAUAAAAAUAGACUACAAGCCUGUUUUACAACUUUAUCUUCACGUCUUUAUACUAUUUUGUCUGAAAAUGACAGGAAUUCUGUUUUAAUUUCUGAGAAUGUUAUUAGUACAUUGGGAAAAUUGGGUGUUUCUUUUAUGGAUGAUCCAACAUCUUCUGAGCAAAUAUUCCAGAUUUUUUAUCAACGAUUUUCGAAUCCACCUUCUCAAUUGGAUAAUCAUAUCAUUUCUUCUUUGGCAGAUAUGUGGAUUUCUGGAACGAUCCAACAUCUAGCAGAUUUUCGUAUGUCUCUUGUAAAUUUUUUUAAAUAUUUAUGUUUUUUAAGUCAUGUUACACUUUCUGUUGAUAAUGCUUUGGCAAGAAUUGCAUGUUCAAUUGAAUCUGAGGAACAAAAAAUGACUUUUCUAAUAAACUUACUUGAGCUUUUUAUUCAAUUGGGACUUGAAGGCGAACGUAUUGGAGAGAAAAUGCAUAAAUUCACUGUUAAGAAAUCUGCUGGCGCAGGCAAUUUGGGUGUUCUUAUUCCUAAAAUUAAUUCUUUAUUGGAUCGAAUGGAACCGAUAAGAGACCCUUCAAUUCGACUGAAAAAUCAUUUUAGAGAUUUUUGGUUUUAUUGUGUGAUUCAUGGAUUAUGGCCAGAGGAAUGGUAUAAAGCUAUUUGUAAAAUUGCAGUCAAAUCGCCAACUCUUUUACCUAUUGAUAAUUUUAAAACUGAAAUGAUUGAAAAUACAGCAAUAAAAUUGCAAGGAAUUACGCAGGCAGAACUUUUGGAAGUACGUAAUUUACUUUCAACAGAAUUUAAACAAAAUGCAGAAGUUUCAACAAUUAUUUCAAGACUUGAUAUUGGUUAUUGUGUUUAUUUAUUAGCUAUUUGUCGUCUCGAAAAAAUGCGUGUAAGCAAUUCAGAGCAAUUGGAUUCUAUUAGAUCUAAUUUUCUUUAUCUUGAAAACAGAGGUGUACGAAAAGACAAAACAGGAAUUUGGCAAUGUCUUUUGGCUAGUUCUAUAAUUAUUUUUGACGAAUUUCUUUCAGUAAGAAUGAGAAAAAAUUCAACAAAUGAUUCAAAAAUAAGAAAGGAAUUGGAGGUUAUGUCACAAUAUUUGCUUGUUCAGUUUAACAAUAUUUUGCGUGAAAUUCGGCGAGUUGCCGACGACACAUUGGAUGGACGUAAAUCUGUUGCUAAAGAUUUUACUAAAAGGUGUGAACAAAUAUUAUGUGAAGCAGUUAAAUGGGCUCCAGGGCUAACAAAUAGCCAUUUACUGGAGUUUAUACGUUCUGCUGAUUCAAUUACUGACAAAAGCCUUCGUCUUACAAUCAACACUGUUUUGGCUUGUACUAAACGUGAAAUGAUUAAUUCUCUUUUUGUUGGAGGCACAACAUCAUCUGCAAUGUUUACUACAACGUCAACAACUAAUACUGAUUCAGUAUCUAUCGGAAGCAUUAUGAUAAGCACCGAUAAUCUUGUAAGUAGCGGACCAGUUGAUAUUUCAACAUAUUUGUCUGCUUUAAAUCAACGUUCGGAUUAUUUGGGUCAAAUUAAAGGAAUGUUUGAAAUGAUGAAGAAACAAAAUUAUAUUUAUAAUCCAGACAUUUGUGUUGAUAUUGAUGAAGCUACUCAUAAAUCACUUUCGGAUUAUCUUGAAGAACAAUUUGAAACAGCUUUAAAAACGAAUGAACCAAAUUGUUUAGAAAAGCCUUUACAAUUAAUGACUGCUUAUUUUAUGGUUUGUAAAGAAAUUAAUCAAAAAAUACUUCGGUCAAUUAUUCUUGCACCUUUUCGACAUUUUACAGAACAAACUAUGCGUCUUUGUGUAAUAUGUUGGAAUUGGAUAUUAGCUACUAGAGAGGAUAUACAAAUUGAUUUUCUUCAACAAAUGUCAACCUGUUGGGAGCUUGUUGCUAAACGUUCUAUGGGAAUUUUUAAUCGUGAUUUUGAUAAAUUUGAUAGUCCAGUUUCUAUAGAAAAUGCUUUAAAGAGGCCGCAUGCAGAUACAGGACCGCAUAAUAUUUGGAUUAAUUUUUUAACUGAACGAGUUAGUCUGGCAAAAUAUUGUGGACAAGAGCAGAAUGAUCUUUUAGAAAUGAUGUUUCUGAAAACUUUUUCAAUGCAAGUUGGUGAUAAUUCCCCUGUGCCAAAUUUAGCUAUCGACAAAAUUAUGUUUUCAUCAUCUUUCGAUGCUAAGACUAAAACACCACUUAUUUCAAGAAAUAUUAGUGCUUUGGGUCCUCGAUUUCGCUUACUUUCGGCAGCUCUUACAAUGGUUCAAGGUGAAGCUGGUGGAUCAAAAAUUUCUAAAAAUGUUCUUAGACAACGAAUAUAUUCUGUUGCUUUUGACUAUUUUACUGUUGCACCUCAAACGCCUUUACAUAGAGGACAUAUUCUUCAAAAUGAUAUAACAAGUCUUGUUGGGUUUUGGCAGGCGUUGUAUGCUGAUUCAAAAUAUAUUAGAAGAGAAACAUUUACAACAAAUGAUCCUGAAUUAAGUUUUACAAAUCUACAGCAAAUAGUUAAUAAUGUUCAAUAUUCAAAUGAGGCUUCCAAAUUCCAAACGUGGAAUUCUAUGCCUCGUGCCUCUUCUGUUUGGUCAAAUGCUGCAACGAUUUCUGAAAGUCGUAAUCAUGCAGCUGGAGUGGUUGUUUCUUCUAAUGCAGAUUCUCUUGGCAGACCACAGAGUAAGACUAACGGUGAAAUUGCUCAACUAAUUGAUAAGCAAAUGAAAAAUCUUUUGAGAAAACGGCAGCUUAUUUUGAUAUAUUUGGUAAAUAAUCAUUCAAAAUUUUUAAAAAAUAUUUUACAUUUGAAGAUCAAUGAAAUUGAGAGAUUAUAUGCUUGGUUAUAUCCUCGCGGAGAUUUAUUAGAACCUGGAGAAGUGGAAUUUGAUCAAUAUUUGAAGAAUACUUUAGGUGGUGAGCUUCAAUCUAAACCUGAUCAAAAACAAAUGAGAGAAAAUGCCAAAUUUGCAUGGGAGAUUUCACCUGAAAUGGCUGUUCAUAUGGCUUCAAGGUUUUCUGCUAAUAAAAUAAAAAUUCUUAUAAAUUUAUCAACUUGUAGGUUUCGAAUGUAUUCUAUCGUCAACAUUGUUUUGCAAGAAUUGGUUCGAGCAUAUCCAGAGGAAGUUUCACAUAUGCCGGAAGCUUUGCCUCUGUUUCUUGGGGAUCCACUUACAAACUAUGAAAGAAUUGAGUUAACUCAUCUUUUGACAUGGGCUCGUUGUUCUCCAGUACAAGCUCUUUCUCUGCUCUGCCCUCGUAUUCAUAGUAUACACCCAAUUAGUAUUAAAUAUGCUGUUAGAGUUUUAAAAUCUUAUUCAUGUGAUGUACUUAUUCAAUAUAUACCUCAACUUGUACAAACAGUUAGAUGGGAUUAUAAUGGUUUUAUUGCAAAUUUUAUUCUUCAUUUAGCAGCACAUUCUCAGCCAUUAGCUCACCAACUUUUAUGGAACAUGCAUUCAAAUAUGUAUAUUGAUGAAGAAGCAAAAGUAGAAGAUCCAAUUAUGUAUAAACCACUCAAAGAGAUUGUUAAUAAGAUUUUGAGUCGUUUGGAAGGAGCAGCACGUAACUUUUACUUGAGUGAAUCUGAUUUUGUUGAUCGAAUAACAAACAUUUCUGGCAUUAUAAAAUCUGUUCCAAAAGGAGAAGCUCGCAAAAAGGCUUGUUUUAAAGCAUUGACAGAAAUUAAGCUUACAUCAAUUGUGUACUUACCAUCAAAUCCGGAUUAUAUUUUACUUGAAAUUGAUUAUCCUUCUGCAAGUCCAAUGCAAAGUGCUGCAAAGGCUCCUUAUCUAGUCCAAUUCAAAAUGCGAUAUUGUGGGGUUGAAUCUGUUGAACGAAUUGCUUUAGAAACGUAUCAACAAACUACACCAGAACAUGUAACAACAAACAGCAAAGGCCAUCAUCGAAAAUCAUCGAAAACUAAAAAUCUUUUAAAUUUUUCACCUUCUCAUUCAUCUUCAAAAAAUGAUUCAAAUAACUCUUUAUUAGAGGCUUCUCCAAUAUUGACAACUUUAUCUAAAGAAAAUUUUGUAAUUGAUGGAGUUUCAUCACCUUGUGGUACAAAAUCAAUUACAAUGAAAUCAGCAAUAUUUAAAGUAUUUUUAAUUUUUCUUAUUGUUUUUAUUUUUUGUAAGGUUGGUGAUGAUGUUCGUCAAGAUGUUUUGGCACUUCAAUUAAUGCAACUUAUUGAGAAAAUUUGUAGAACGGCAAGCAUAGAUAUUCAAUUAUUUCCAUAUAGAGUAGUUUCUACAAAUCCUGGAUGUGGUGUGAUUGAAUGUGUUCCUGAUUCGAAGUCUAGAGAUCAGCUUGGCAGACAAACUGAUUAUGGUUUAUUUGAGUAUUUUGUCACUAAAUAUGGAGAUGAAACUACCAAAGGAUUUCAACAUGCUAGGAGGAAUUUUAUCAAAAGUAUGGCUGCAUAUAGUGUGUUUAGUUUUCUCCUCCAAGUAAAAGAUAGACACAAUGGCAAUAUUAUGUUGAAUUCUGGUGGAUCAAUCAUUCACAUUGAUUUUGGAUUCAUGUUUGAAAGUAGUCCUGGUGGAAAUUUAGGAUUUGAGCCUGAUUUCAAAUUGUCACAAGAAAUGGUUGAUAUAAUGGGCCACAGAGCGGACUCUGGACCUUUUCGAGAAUUUGCUGACAAAUGUGUUCAAGUUUAUUUGGCAACUCGUCCUUAUUAUAAUGUAUUUUUUACAAUGGAUUUUUUAAACAACUUUUUUAAGGAUUUUAUUGCACUUGUUUCAAUGAUGUUAGAUACAAAAUUGCCUUGUUUUAGAGGAAAAACAAUUCAACAACUUCGAAGCAGAUUUGCACCUGAAGCCACUGACAGAGAGGCUGCAAAAUAUAUGAUGAGUAUAAUAAAUAGUUGUUAUACAAAUGUCAGAUCAAAAAUGUAUGAUCAAAUUCAAUUUCUUCAAAAUGACAUUCCCUAUUAA